CAACAUAAAAUAUGGCAACAUAUAAAUUUUCAUCUUUUCUAUUACUUGUGUUAAUUGUGUCUACUCUCUCUUUGUUGUCGAUGAUUUCAGGACAAAUGAUACCAUGUCUACCGGGGGUAUGUGCGGACACAACAUCAUGCCAUGUAGCUUGCAUAUCACAAGCAUACAAAGGAGGGGCUUGUGUACUCAUGGACUUUAGCUCAACCACUGGUAGUUGUUGUUGCAAUCCUAAUAUUAUAUCUCAAGAUUCUUUCAAAUAUAGUGAUACUAGUGUUCCCAUUAUUAAUUAGCUUAUCACAAAAAUAUGUGCUUUUUAUGAUAUUAAUAAAAGGUUUUA